CGAGUGCGUGCGGCCAGUGCAGUGCGCUGCUGCUGCUCGACGCCGAGGCGCGCGGGUGGGCACGCUGGGCCGGCAUCGUGGUGGUGAGGGCGCAAGAGAGUGGAGGUGUGCGGGGCGUAGCGUGUUGGUCUGGCAGGCGCGUCACGUGCGCUGCCUGAGGCACGGCCCAGCCCCGCGGAAGAUCUGCCGCCGCCCGAAGUUACGCCGGCCGUGCGCCGAUCCGCUGCGCCCGCUCAGCGGAAUCUGGCGCUGAUACGCAAUCUGGCGCCGGCUCUUGGCUGCCUCUCCUCCACCACAUCAACCCCCUACCGACACCUGCCAUGGCGCCGCGCAUCGCAGUCAUGACGUCGGGCGGCGACAGCGCCGGCAUGAACGCCGCCGUGCGCGCCGUCGCCAAGAGCGCCAUCCUGCGCGGCUGCCAGGCGUGGGUCGUGCGCGAGGGCUGGGAGGGCCUGGUGCGCGGCAACGCCGAGGGCGAGGAAGAGAGCACCGACGGCGACGCCACGCCGCCGCACCCCGAGCCCGAGACACUGCCGCCGAGCGUGGCGCAGCCGCCGGGCACGAGCGAGGCGCGGCGCUGGCGCGGCACGUACGGCCAGGGCGAGCUGCUGCGCGAGGGCGUCGGCGAGGCCGAGGAGCUCGGCCUCAAGGGCAAGUACAUCCUGCGCGUCGGCUGGGACGACGUGCGCGGCUGGAUGGACCAGGGCGGCACCCUCAUCGGCACGGCGCGCUGCGCGGCGUUCCGCGAGGUGGCCGGGCGGCAGCGCGCGGCGCGCAACCUCAUCUCCUGCGGCAUCGACGCGCUCGUCGUCUGCGGCGGCGACGGCUCGCUGACGGGCGCAGACCGCCUGCGCGCCGAGUGGCCCGAGCUCGUCGCCGCGCUGCUCGAGCGCGGCGAGAUCAGCGCCGAGCAGGCGCAGCGGCACCGGCACCUCAAGAUCGUCGGCCUCGUCGGCAGCAUCGACAACGACAUGGCGACGACGGACAUGACGAUCGGCGCCGCGACGGCGCUGGCACGCAUCUGCGAGGCCGUCGACUCCAUCUCCUCCACCGCCGCGAGCCACAGCCGCGCGUUCGUCGUCGAGGUCAUGGGCCGCCACUGCGGCUGGCUCGCGCUCAUGGCGGGCAUCGCGACGGGCGCCGACUAUGUCUUCCUGCCCGAGCGCCCGCCGCCGGGCGACUGGCGCGCCGACAUGUGCGGCGUGCUGGCGCGCCACCGCGAGAUGGGCAAGCGCAAGACGAUUGUCAUCGUCGCCGAGGGCGCCCUCGCGCGCGACCUCACGCCCAUCUCGCCCGACGACAUCAAGGCUGUGCUGGCCGAGCGCCUCGGCCUCGACACGCGCGUCACCACGCUCGGCCACACGCAGCGCGGCGGCAAGCCUGUCGCCGCGGACCGCGUGCUCGCGACGCUGCAGGGCGUCGAGGCCGUCGAGGCGCUGCUCGAGGCGACGCCCGAGACGCCCUCCUACGUAAUCGGCAUCCGCGAGAACAAGAUCACGCGCAUCGAGCUCAUGCAUGCCGUGCAGCAGACGCAGCUCGUCGCGCAGCGCAUCGAGAAGCAGGACUUUGACGGCGCGCUGGCGCUGCGCGACUCGGAGUUCGCCGAGGGGCUUCGUGCGUUUGAUGUCAUCUCCAAGAUCGACGAGCGCGAGCUGGUGCCGCAGGAGCAGCGCAUCAAGAUGGGCAUCAUCCACCUUGGCGCACCGGCCGGCGGCAUGAACGCGGCAACGCGCACGGCCGUGCGCUACUGCCUGGCGCACGGCCACACGCCCGUCGUCAUCCACAACGGCAUCCCGGGCCUGCUGGCCGACUCGGUGGCCGAGAUCAACUGGCUGCGCGUCGACAACUGGACGACUCGCGGCGGCAGCGAGCUCGGCACGAACCGCGUGCUGCCGGACAGCGACUUUGGCGCCGUCGCCGCCAAGCUGCAGCAGCACAAGAUUGAGGGCCUGCUGGUGAUUGGCGGCUUCGAGGCGUUCCUGGCGGUGAAGCAGCUCAAUGAGCAGCGCGCCAACUACCCGGCCUUCCGCAUGCCCAUCGCCGCGAUUCCCGCCACAAUCUCCAACAACGUGCCCGUCUCGGAGUUCUCGCUCGGCUCCGACACGUCGCUCAACGCACUCGUGGACGCCUGCGACGCCAUCAAGCAGUCGGCGUCGGCGUCGCGCAACCGCACCUUCGUCGUCGAGACGCAGGGCGGCCGCUGCGGCUACGUGGCCGUCAUGGGCGCGCUCGCGGCGGGUGCCGUGCUGGUGUACACGCCCGAGCACGGCAUCGGGCUGCAGGAGCUCGGCGAGGACGUGGCGUGGCUGAGGCGGCGCUUCGAGCUCGACACGAAGGGCAAGAGUGAGGGUCGGCUGGUCAUCCGCAACGAGCGCGCGUCGGACGUGUACACAACCGAGGUCAUCACCAAGAUCCUCAAGGAGGAGGGCCAGGACCUCUUCGACUCGCGCUCCGCCUCGCUGGGCCACACGCUGCAGGGCGGCACGCCCUCGCCGCUGGACCGCGCGCGCGCCACGCGCCUGGCGAUCAAGUGCUGCGAGUUCCUGACGCAGCACGCCCUGGCGCUGCGUAAGGACAGCACUGCGUACGGCGACGCCACGGCCGCCAUCAUCGCCAUCCGCGGCAGCGACGUCGAGUUCGUCGGCGCCAAGGACAUGGCGGCGCAGGCCGACAUGAAGAACCGGCGCGGCAAGACGGCGUGGUGGCACGGCCUCAAGCGCCUCGCCGAGCUCAUGGGCGGCCGCACGGCGCUCAAGGUCGGCGAGAAGCUGUGAGGAUGCGUUGUGUGCUGGGUGCCGGCGGUCUCAUACUGCCGCCGUGCUGUGCUGUCUCGGUUUCUGCUCUCUCUACGUCACGCCGCGAAUGCCAUAGAUGUCCCGUUGUGCCAUUGCCGUGGCCCGGGCCGCUAUGCGGCGGGCUGCGCGUCGACACCCAGCAGCUUGGCGAGCUCGGGCACCUCGGUGUGGUCGACGGUGUUGCGCAUGCGGUGCGUGUAUGCCGGA